GGGGCGCGUGAGGGAGAAGGAGAGCGCGUAGUUGAGGAAACUUGGAAAUGUCGCCACAAUGACCCCAUUGCCGAGUUGUUGAACGAGAGAGAAAGAGAAAGCCGCCGUAUCUUACAUUCUCCGCCAAACAUCUAACCACUCCUAACCACUCUCCCUUUUCCUUUUCCCACAAUUAGGGAUUUAGGGAUUAGGAAUUAGGGUUCAAUGGAACCGCAAUCUUUCACUCCUCCUCCACACAUGGAAUCCGAAGACCCUUCCUCCAUUUGGGACCUCUCUUACCUCCUCGACUUCAAUCUCGACGACGACAACUCUCUCCCCUUAAACGACCUUCAACCUCCCCAUCUCCAAACCCCCGCAAACGACAAGGUCCGUAAACGCGACCCCAGACUCACCUGCUCCAACUUCCUCGCGGGUCGGGUCCCCUGCGCAUGCCCCGAACUCGACGCCAAGCUCGAAGACGACGGUUUACCCGGGAAGAAACGCCCUCGUACCGCGCGUGCAUCCACAUCCGCUAGCUGCCAGGUUCCUGGCUGUGAGGUCGAUAUCUCCGAGCUCAAAGGCUAUCACCGGAGGCAUAGGGUUUGUUUGCACUGCGCUAAUGCCUCCACCGUUCUCCUGCACGGUGAAGCUAAACGAUACUGUCAACAGUGUGGCAAGUUUCACGUUUUAUCGGAUUUUGACGAAGGAAAACGCAGCUGCAGAAGAAAAUUAGAGCGCCACAACACCAGAAGGCGAAGAAAGCCUCCGCCGUCGGAUUCUACAGCUGCAGCUGAUCAUGAUCUUCAACCUGUUAAUCAAAAUGAGGAUUGCAAUUAUGAUGGAGACGCAGGAAAAGAUUGUUCUAAUUUGAGUAGCGAGAUUAAUGAAAAAGAAGCGUCCCCAUAUCAGGAAGACGAGCUGGUUCCCAUUCCGAGUUCGGCUCCUGAUACACAGAAUAUUAAUAGUGAUAGUGUUGUGUCUUUAACUGCUUCUGGUGAAACUCGGGUGAAUAGUGGAAAGGAUGUUUCCAACACUUCUAAUUCGCCUUCAUAUUGUGACAAUAAGAGUGCCUAUUCGUCUAUGUGCCAAACAGGUCGGAUUUCUUUCAAGCUUUAUGAUUGGAAUCCUGCGGAAUUUCCUAGAAGGCUACGACACCAAAUAUUCCAAUGGUUGGCAAAUAUGCCUUUAGAGCUGGAGGGAUAUAUCCGCCCUGGGUGUACGAUCCUGACAAUUUUUAUUGCAAUGCCUAACAUUAUGUGGAUAAAUGAAUUUCAUACUUCAACUAAAAAACAAGAAAAUCUGUUUCCCCUCAGUUUUCAAGUUUGUAUUGAAUUUGAUUUGUUAAUUUUCAUUUUCUUCGUUUUUCUGAUCUCAUUUUUCUUUCUCCUGUGGAUCAACCAGUUACUCAAAGACUCUUUGGAAUAUGCGAGAGAUCUUGUUGCUCCUGGAAAGAUGCUAUAUGGAAGAGGCACUGCACUAAUUCAUCUGAAUGACAUGAUCUUCCGUGUUAUGAAAGACGGAACUUCUGUGACAAAAGUCGAGGUAAACAUGCAGGCACCAAGGCUUCACUAUGUUCAUCCCACAUACUUUGAGGCUGGAAAACCUAUGGAGUUUGUUGCUUGUGGAAGUAACCUACUGCAGCCUAAGUUUCGGUUUCUUGUAUCUUUUUCUGGAAAGUAUCUUAAGUGUCAGCAUUGUGUUCCAUCUCCACAUAACUGGACUGAAGACAAUAUUUCUUGUGCUUUUGACAGUCAGUUAUACAAGAUAUAUGUCCCUCAUACAGAGGAAAGUCUCUUUGGUCCUGCUUUUAUUGAGGUGGAGAAUGAAUCUGGUUUAUCAAACUUUAUUCCUGUACUCAUUGGUGAUAAAGAAAUUUGUACUGAAAUGAAGACAUUGCAGCAAAAAUUAGAUAUAUCCCUCCUUUCUAGACAAUUCCAGUCUGCCUCAGGUGGUUCUAUCUGCAGCUCAUGUGAAGAUUUUGCACUUAGGCAUGCAUCAUCGUCAGACUUGCUUGUAGAUAUAGCAUGGUUGCUUAAGGACCCUACUUCAGAAACUUUUGACAGACUGAUGACAGCUUCACAAAUUCAUAGAUAUUGUCAUUUGUUGGAUUUUCUGAUGUGCAAUGAUUCAUCAGUCAUUUUGGGAAAAAUAUUACCAAAUUUGAUAUUCUUGACAGAAAGCAUGAAAUCCAAUAUUGUGAUUAAUAGGAUGGGUGAUGUUGACAUGACGCCCCUCCUGAAAUGCAUACAUAAUGCUAGAGAUGCCAUUUAUCAGAAUCAUCUGAAAGGUGGAGAUAUAGGUGUGCACUCUGAAAUGGAAGCCUUUAAACUUGCUCAGGGCUGCUCCAAAAAUGACAUGCUAUCAGUUGUUGCAGUUACCACUCAGGAUGUCCUGUCGAGAGCAGAUGCAAGAUUAGGAAUACUGAAAAGUCCAACUUCUAAUGAGAAAAAUGAAAGAAUACCACUUUUGAAGAGGGAAAUUAUAAUGAAUGUGGAAGAGUUACCUGUAAGAUGUGGUCGUCGAAAUCUUGCUAGGGGAUUCUUGACCUCUCGACCAGCUGUUUUUGUGAUUGUUUCAGUUGCGGUUUGUCUUGGGGUAUGUGUAGCCGUCCUUCAUCAUGGGAGGGUUAGUGAGUUAGCAGUAUCCAUUAGAAGGUGUUUGUUUAACUAUUAAUGGAUGUUUCAAUUUUUUGUACUUAUUUUCUAGUUGGUACAUAUUUGUUGUAACACUAAAUAAACAGAUGUUGUUAGGAUGAAUAUGUAGAUUUUUUACAUUGGAAGCUUAAUCCAAGGAUGCGAUUAUGUGCAUUACCAAAUUU